CCUCUCAAGUACUGAGAUUGCAGGCAUAGACCAACAAACCCGACUUAGAGUUAAAGUUUUAAGUAGAGUGAUCUUGGAAAGCCUCGAAGAAGUAGGGUACAGUGGCCUGCAUUUGUAACCCCAGCACCUGAGGUAGAGGCAGGAAAAUAGGUUCAGGGCCAGCCUUUGUAUGAGACCUUGUCACAUACGAAGACCUGGAACAAGAAAGAUGUGAGAAUACUGGGGAGAUGAAUAUCCCAAGCAGAGCAGGUACAACCACUUCAGAGCAGUAGCAUACUGGACAAGGGUGGCUGAGUAGGGCAGUCUGCUGAAGGGAAACAAAAGAGGAGAGAAGUGGGUGGAGCCAGGAAUGGAUCGAUACAACUUAGUUUUACGAGAUUGAUGAUUACACAGUGUUACAGACAGCAGCCUGGAGAAUGGCAAUGGCUAGAAGGUGAGUUAGGAGAUUGCGGUAAUAUCGGGAAGACAGCAUGAGGAGGCUGGAAGCAGUAGGAGUCUUGAGGAUGAUUAGAUCCUAGGCAUCUUUUGAAGAAAGUCUAUAGGAUUUGCUACUAGACUGGAAAUAAAGUGAGAACAAGCAGGGUCUGUGGGACUGGAGUUGAGCAAAGAGGUUUACUGGAGCCCAAAAGUAGGGAGUCACCAAUAUAGACGGCAUUUCCAUCAGCUUAGAAGGAUGAAAUAUUUGGGGGCGGGAAGAGAAGAAAGACUUCAGUGGCACAUGAGAGUUUCAACCAUCACCAAAGUGCUAGUCAAGGAAUAUUCAGAAGAGGCAUGAAGAGGCAAGAGGGAACCUGAGGAGGGUGGGUGACUUAGCAAAGUGAAGUCUUCAGAGAGACCAGCAUGAGCAGAACGAGGUUUCCACCCCUACCCCUGUUCUAGAGACCAAACGAUGAAGGCAUGGAGAGGUGUAGAUGGACACACUUUGGCUUGGAGGCUGGAGGAGCGCCUGGGGCUGGAGGAGGAUGCAAAACAAGCCAGCAGUGACAUCCCUCUAGAUCGGUUAAGCAUAUCUUACUGCCGGAGCAGCGGUCCUGGGGGGCAGAACGUUAACAAAGUGAAUUCCAAGGCUGAAGUAAGGUUUCACUUGGCCAGUGCAGACUGGAUUGCAGAGCCUGUGCGCCAGAAGAUUGCCCUCACGCAUAAAAAUAAGAUCAACAAGGCAGGAGAGCUGGUACUUACCUCUGAGAGCAGCCGAUAUCAGUUCCGUAAUCUGGCAGAAUGCCUACAGAAAAUUCGAGACAUGAUUGCCAUGGCCAGCCAGGUGCCCAAGGAGCCAUCCAAAGAAGAUGCCCGGCUUCAGAGACUCAGGGUUGAAAAGAUGAAUCGGGAAAGGCUACGACAGAAAAGACUAAACUCUGCCAUAAAGACAAGCAGGAGGAUGACUAUGGACUGAAGUCACCCCACCCUGCUGGCAAAGACCAUAGUGUCAGUGCAGCUCAGCAGGGAGCUGACACACCACGGGAGACUUUUUUUGAUUAAUUGGAGCCCUGCUAGAACGUUCCUUUGGCGGGAAGGCUGCAGGUCUUCCAGGGCAGCUCCUUCCAUUAUCCACCUAGUGAAUUACUGGCUGCAAUAAACUUGUAAGCACAGGA